UGUCGGUAAAUGUUGUAGUUGUUGUUUAUUUGUUGUUUUUUGUGUACACAUCGUCGGAAGUACUCAUUCUUGACUGAUAAAUAUUUAUACGAGUAUAUUAUAAACAUUUAUAUUAAAGACUAUCGAGAGUAUAAUUAUUAUAUUUUACUCUUUGAUGGUCGUCAAGUGGUUAUCGGCAGUGGUUUACUUCUCAAUACCCUGUUAAUUCGAAAUGGGUAGUGGUCUAUGCAGAAAGACAGACGAAAGACCAAGGGCUGUACAGGAGUUUAAUGGAUUAUACCGGAAAAUUGUUUUCAAUUACGCCAAACAGUGGACACGAUAUUCAGACAAACAAAAGAAGAGUGAAAAAAAAAAUACAAAACAAAAUAAGAGCAAGAGGAAGAAACCCAUCAUCAGCGGACCGUUUCCGGCCGAUCCGGACCGGCUGCACGGCGACAAAUGGCAGUAUGUGAUACUAACUCAAUUGGACACGGAACCGCCGCCCGAACGACCGCCGCGGACCAAACGACGCCACCGGCAAGAUGAUAAUGUGUCGAGCAGUGGCGUCUACAGCGGCUUCGUCCGAUGGGGAUCGGAGCGGCGACAGUCGUUCGGACGCAGAAGACAACCGAAGCAGCAGUUACUCGUUGACGAGCUAACGGAAUCGAUGUCGGCCCGACGAGACUUUGGCGACUGCGGCAGAACCGGCCAAAGUGAGGAGGCAGCGGCGACGGCGGUUACUUUGAACGAAAAAGCCUCGUCGGCUUUCGACGUGUCCGUAAAUAAGCCAUCGCUGUGGGUAGUAUUUUGGUCGGGCGCAGUCGUCGUCGGUCGGACGUACGCUGCCCGACGAAACGGUUUGCUGAAGUCUGUUGUCCGAGCCAAUGCGAUGGCCGACGAUUUGCUGUCGUAACGGUAAUAACGUCGUCGAAAUUUAUGUUAUAACAAAGUGUUUUGAAAUAAUAUUUUUAUACUAAUAAUAAUACUAUUAACAUUUUUUGACCACC